GGAAUGCGCCAAUCCUCAGCCGAGAUCGGUCGAUUUGGUUUCUUGCUCCGAAAUCCGUCUGCCUGCUUAGACGACGAAAAGCAUUUUUUUUAUGGGUAAGCUCUUAUGUUGAUCAACAACAAGAUACCGAUUCUCCCCUUGUUUGAGAGAGUGGGUUUGUAGUUGUCGCAGCAAGUUUUGGUGACGAUCUGGAUAACAGUUCAAGCAGAACGACGGUGUACUCUCCAACGGUGCUGAUAUUCUGUCGAACAAGAUAUUCGCAACAAGACACGCCUCCAUUUGCAAUGGCUCGAGCAGUCGGUAUUUCUGUCUCUGGGAGUUCAUCCGUCAAAGCGUCAGGGGGUAGUAGUGGUGGAAGGGAAGGCCCCAAACAUUCCAGUUCGUGGACGUACACACAGAUUUUGACAUCCUUGCUAGGUACUUCGGUCCUACUCAUUUCGUUGUUUAAUAUUUACCAGGUCCAUCGCAGUAGCGAUGCGCUCCUGCAGAGCAAGGCCGACCAAUCUGUCAACAAUGUUUUGAAAGACUUUAUGGAAAUGAAGCCAUCGAAUCCCAACCCCUUCACUUCCGACAGAGACGAAAAAGGUACCGUCCAUCAAGUAAGCGUGGCGCAGUAUGAUCGAAUGCAUGAAGCAGACGAAGGAGAGCCCAUCGAAAGAGACUAUUCCGGGGCUGAAGAAAGCGACCGAUCCACUCUUGCGGGGCUGUCUUGUGCCGACCACGGCGGUCCAUUGGACGAAUUCGCUCGUGAAAUGGUGUACUGGCAAGAUAUUUCCAGCGAUUCGCAGUACACGAGUCCGUUUCGCAGUAAAAGUGGACAACCCCGCCGGUACAUGACUUUCGAACCAGACGGUGGCGGUUGGAACAACAUUCGUAUGGCCAUGGAGACAGUUUUGGGUUUGGGAAUUGCGAUGGGUCGAACCGUGGUUCUUCCUCCCGAGCAGCGUAUGUACUUGCUCGCCAAGGAUCGCGGUCGACAAAAAACUGACUUUGGUUUCGCCGACUUCUUUCCCAUGCACGAGCUUGCGACCGAAAACGCUGGUUUGGAAAUGAUCACAAUGCAGGAAUUUUUACAAGCCGAAGCUAUGACGGGUAAUUUGCGUGACAAGCAUACCGGACAGAUUUCCUUUCCACCGGAAAACCGUACGGAUUGGGAUGGGCAAGAUGUCAAGCCGCUGAAAGAAUGGCUCCACAAUGUCACACAUACACCCUUUUGGGCACCAGAAAAAUGCAUGGCGGCAUUUCCCGCGUCGGGCAACCACAAAGAUGUCGAGGUAUUAAAGUCGAUGCUCGAGCAGAUUCAAAAGGAUGGCGGGCCUUUACAAGAGCACGUACUGGAAAAUCCAACCCCAGUAGACGCGACACCAAUCGAGCGCAUGCGAGAAAACCUUGCCCGGCGAAAAGAGCUUUGUGUAUAUGACGAAACCAUGCAAAAGGAACCUGUCGUUCAUUUCAUGUGCAACCAUAGACUCAGGGUACGCAUGCUGGUCCACUUCUACGCGUUUUUGUUCUUUGAAGAUUGGCGGGAAGACUUGUGGAUGAAGCGCUUCAUGCGCGAUCAUAUGAGAUAUAUCGACGCUAUUCAAUGUCCUGCGGCUCGCAUCGUGCACGCACUGAGAGAGUACGCCCGGCAAAAAGAUCCUGUAAACAACCCCCGCGGGGACUUCGAUACCUUUCAUGUAAGACGUGGCGACUUUCAGUUCAAGCGCACGCGAAUCUCGGCUGAAGACAUUCUCAGCAACACAAGAGACGAGCUGACGGAGGGUGCCGUAAUAUACAUUGCUACAGAUGAACGCGACAAGGCGUUUUUCGAUCCCUUGAAACAAUUCUACGAUGUUAAGUUCAUGGAUGAUUUUAAAAAUGAAUUGGCGAAUGUGAAUACGAACUACUAUGGCAUGAUUGAUCAGCUCGUUGCAUCACGGGGUCAAAAGUUUUUUGGAUGUUGGCACUCCACGUUCACUGGCUUUAUUGCCCGAAUAAGAGGCUAUCACUCGGUCAAGGACAACCUGGCGGGUUUCGAAAAAGGGACUCUCCCGACAACAUUUUACUACGCAACUCUAGCAAACAAAUAUGUAAUGCACGAAUAUGCUCCUUUGCAUGGCGCUUUUUUCAAUCGCGAGUUUCCGAUUAGUUGGAGAGAUAUCGACAAAAGUGUAGGAAACCUGCCAAUUUCUGAUGCAUAG